AUGAAGUGGGCCAUUAUUGUUUGUGCCAUGGUGGCACUGUCUGAGUGCCUCUUCCAGGUCCCUCUGGAGAAGGGCAAGACAGCCAGGGAGACCCUGGAGGAGCAGGGUCUGUGGGAGCAGUACAGACUUAAGUACCCAUACAACCCUAUGGUCAAGUUUGAUGACCGCUUUGCCGUGGGCAACCAGCCCAUGACCAACGAUGCUGAUCUGGCUUACUAUGGAGUCAUCUCCAUUGGAACUCCUCCUCAGUCCUUCAAGGUUGUCUUUGACACUGGCUCGUCCAACCUGUGGAUUCCCUCAGUCUACUGCAGCAGUCCAGCCUGCAACAACCAUGACAAGUUCAACCCUAGUACAAGCAGCACCUACAGACACAACGGCAGUCCUCUCAGUAUCCAAUAUGGCACCGGCAGCAUGACUGGCUUCCUCGGAUACGACACUGUGACGGUGGGUGGGCUCGCUGUGAGGAACCAGAUCUUCGGCUUGAGCCAGACUGAGGCUCCCUUCAUGCAGUACAUGCGUGCUGAUGGUAUUCUGGGUCUGGGAUACCCAAGACUGGCUGCUUCUGGUGCUACACCUGUCUUCGACAACAUGAUGAGUGAGGGCCUUGUUGACCAGGACCUCUUCUCUGUGUACCUGAGCGCUAACUCUCAGCAAGGCAGUGUGGUGACCUUCGGUGGUAUUGACUCCAGCCAGUACUCUGGCUCCAUCAGCUGGAUUCCCCUCUCCAGAGAGCUGUACUGGCAGAUCACAGUGGACAGUGUUACUGUCAAUGGUCAGGUUGUGGCUUGUUAUGGUGGUUGCCAGGCUAUCGUCGACACUGGCACUUCUCUGAUUGUCGGACCUCAGAGCAGCAUCAGCAAUAUCAACCAGCAAGUGGGAGCUACCUACAGCCAGAACGGAGACUAUACGGUCAACUGUAACAACAUUGGCCAGAUGCCCGACGUGACCUUCAACAUUAACGGACAACAAUUCACUCUCCCAGGCUCUGCCUAUGUUCGCCAAUCUCAAUACUACGGCUGCCGUUCUGGCUUUGGCGCUGGAGGAGACAGCCUGUGGAUCCUGGGUGACGUCUUCAUCCGCCAGUACUACUCCAUCUUUGACAGAACCAAUAACAGGGUCGGUCUGGCCAGGGCUAAUUAAGCAACCUGAAGUCACUUUGCCCAAGCCCUUUGAAACAAUCAUACUGUAUGUAAAGCUUAGUGUUAUAGUGGGAUUUCCCACAUGCUUGAGAUUUAAAUCUUUUCCUUGUCCUAUAAAUGAUUAGAUUCCCUCAAAUCCA